AUCGCUCAUUCAAGCCAAUAAAUGGGUAACUCGGUGUAAACAAAACGGUAUCCCAAUGACUUAUACGUUACAAUGUCUACGGACGACGCAGUAUGGCAUGACUACCAUGCUGAUGAAGGGGUGUGUGUUGAGCCGAAGGACGGUGUCUAUGAUAAUGGAGGUUCACCAGCAAAUACCGGUGAACAAGAGUCGUGGACAGGCUAUGUUGAUGUAGAGGCAUAUUCCAGCGAGCAGAUACUGAGUUUAGUAGAGAUAGCUCCUGCCCCUGGCAAAGGAAGAUGUAUGUACACUCGUAGAGCUUAUGAACCCGGUGAAAUCAUUAUUAUCGAGAAGCCACUGUUCGCAAUUACCCCCGAUAGCAAUAGCAACAUAUGGGAUACUUUAAUGACGUUACACCAGGAACAGCCUUUGCAUUUACCGCCACUGUGGCAUCAUGCCGCAUUAGUGAGUAUCCUAGAAGGUAACGAGGAAAAGCUUGAAAUAAUGAAGGGUAAAUGGGUAUUAGAUAACGACCCGCCAGUUUCUGAGGACGUAUAUCGCAUAUUAGAAGUUACAUGUGCGGAGCACCGCGAUGGUAGCUUUGUAUACCAUAAUGGCACUGUAAUAUGCCCCAAUCUAUACCAGUUCUUACUGCAGGUAUGGCCUUUAAAUGCUUUUGCACAUAGUACCCACCCCCAAGGUCUAGUUAUCUACGACAAAAUAUCGUACCUUGCCCAUAGCUGUGACUCGUCAGCUACGUGGAACCAUUAUGGAGAGGAUAUUUUCGUCCUUAGGGCAAGGCGCAAGCUGCAGAUUGGAGAUGAGCUUACUAUAUCGUAUAUAGGCGAGGCCGAUCUUUUGGCCCCUACACCAAGACGUCGUAAAUUGUUGCAGAAUUGGGCAUUCCGAUGUGGAUGCCAGCGUUGUAUAAUGAAAACGGAUGCUGCACGUGGCUUUUUAUGCAAAAGGUGUCAAUAUGGCAGGAUUAACCUAUUUAGUGACCCUGGAGAUGAAUACAUAAAUAGCGAUCCCUGCACGUCAUGCGGAUAUACAUUUACACAGGAGGAUAUCAGUACCUAUAUUCAACUGGAAGAUGCAUAUAUUGACUACAUCGAUAACAUGGAUCGUUCUAAUAUCCUGGGUAUACAGCAGGUCUAUAAUAACGCGAAGAACGUAUUCAACCAGCAUUGGUGCAUUUACCAGCUCCAGACAAUGCUAUUUGAAAUCUAUAAGGAGAAGGGUGAAACCGAGUUAUCGCGCCACUAUAUGAAUCAGCGAAUAUCCUACCUCAAUGCGGUAAUGCCAAGACCACUAUACAGUGUGGCGUUCACAUAUGAGGAAUUCGCUGACAUGCUGUCAACAUCGGCUGGAUUGAAGCUAGACGACACUGAACUUGUGAAUCAUGACGUCGACAUAGAGACACUCCGAAUUAUCAUGGAUUUGUACUACAAGGCAGUCGCACUGCUCUAUAUACUUGCUGGACAAGAACACCCGUAUUACUACGCAGUUGCGACGAAAUUAGGUAGAAUUGACGCAUUGCUGAAUGAGAAGGUACCGCCUCAAUUAUAGGAAUACUGAUGGGCGCUAUUGUGCGUGG